UAUCAUUCUUUUAAGUCUAAGUUCAAAGAUUAAUACGCGUUUUCGUUGCGAAUGUGUAGGACCUAAUAAUUUAGCUUUUAUCAGCGUGAAGCAGAUUUCGCUGGAGGUGAAAACGGUUUUGUGCUGGUACAAUGCUGGGAAUCAUGGCUGACCAUCAAGAUACUGUGAGGACAUGCAAAACGGAACCACUGCCCUCUGAGAGGAGAAAAAGGACAGUGGAAGACUUCAAUAAGUUCUGCAGUUUUGUGCUUGCCUAUGCCGGAUACAUCCCCCCUCCUAAAGAGAAACACGACAAAACCAUCAGUCCAGAAAGCACCUGGUGUCCAGUCUCGCCCAGCUCUCCUCAGGGAUCGGGCAGCCGUGCGGAGGUCUCUCUGGGAGGGGGCUGGCAGGGGGGGCACUCUGACCUCCGCACCAUCCAAACCUUUGUCCAGAAGGCUGACGCGAACCGCAGAUCAAAGACCUUCCAGAGCCACUCCAGCAGCUCCCUGCUGGACAGCACACACCUGCACCACUGCCACUCUCUCAGCAAGGCCGACCGCAAGAAAGACAAGAAGUGUAAACGCUCCUCUUUAGGUCGAGGAGAGUCCAGGCCGCGCAUCAAACGCCGCAAGGUGCCAACGCCAGCCAAAGUAGGGCUGAAGAAACUGAAGAGCUUAGCCAAGAGUGAGAGGGACUGUCUAGAGGUCACCCUGCCCAGUGGGGCGGAGCUAAUGACCCGGGCGGUGGAGGUGGGAGGGGCAGUGCUUAAGCUGGAGGCGGAGUCAAGCUCCAGUGAAGGCGAGAUGUGGAUUGCAGAUGAAGAUAUCAUGGUGGAGUCAGGUGAUGACUCUUGGGGUCUGGUGACGUGUUACUGUGGGAAACCGUUUGCUGGCCGUCCGAUGAUCGAGUGUAAUGAAUGUGGUGUGUGGGUGCAUCUGUCCUGUGCCAGGAUCAAAAAGGCCAAUGUUCCCGAUAUUUUUUACUGUCACAAGUGCAGAGAGAACGGACAAGACCGGCGAAACAUCCACAAGAGAGGCCACUGAGGUGACGCUGUGUGUGCAUGUUAGA